CGCAUGCGCAGCGCAGAGCCCCGGGAGCCCGGUCCCGGUGCGGCGGCGGGCGCGGCACGUGGCACCGGCGUCGCCCCACCCCCCGUGGGCGGCGCGUCCCGCCCCGCGGCGCCCCGUCCCGGGCAGGGCCGGGAACCGGAGCCGGCGGCCCGGGGAGGGGGAGGAGGCCCCCAACGGCCCCCGGGGCCCGGCCUGGCCGGGAGGAGCCCGGGGGGCAGAGGCAGCCGGAGGAAGGGAACCGGACCGGCGACCGGUUCAGCCAGGCCCCGGUUUCGCCCAAUCCCCCGCAGCCCGGUCCCCCGCCCCCGCGAAGCACGGGCCUCCCGGCCCACCGGAGCCCCUCCGUGCUGCCCUGCCCGGCCACCUGCCCCGGUGCCGCCAAAGCGGCGCCCGGUGCCAGCGCGCGGGGCCGCCCCGGGGCCCGGUUGUGAUCUCCUCCGUCAUGAAUAUUCAGCGCUGCCCUGGCCCGGCCCCGCUGUUUGCUCAGGCGGGAGCGGCUCGCUCGCGGGUUAACCUUGACUCAGAGCCACCGGGGCAGCGGCAGGUACGCGGCACCUGCGCUCCGGAGCCGCCGCCGCGGCGCCCCGACCCUCCUGGUGGGCCCCGACCCCCCCGGCGGCCCCCGACCACCCCUCGGGGCCCAGCGAGCCGAGUGGCCAGUGGCCCCAGACGCAGACACAAGCUCUUUCUGCCGGCGGCGGCGGAGGAGCAGAGAUGGCGGAGAACCACAGCUGGUGGAAGCUGACCUUCCUGCGGAAGCACAAAUCCAUGCCCAAGGUGCUGUACGAGAGCCCGGACAUCUAUGCCAGCGAGCCGCAGGAGGGCUCUGGGGGCGAAGGGCCGCCCAACUUCACCGCCCGCCUGGAGAAGAUCGUGGAUAAGAACAGCAAGGGCAAACACGUGAAGGUCUCCAACUCGGGCCGCUUCAAGGAGAAGAAGAAGGUGCGGGCCACGCUGGCCGAGAACCCCAGCCUGUGCGCGGCCGGCGAGCGGGAGGAGAAAUGAGGCCGCGAAAGGGGUUGCGGAAGGGGGCAGAGACCCGGAGGACCGAUGCCCUCCUGCCACCACGGACUCCCACCCCCAGCUCGACUCGGUCCCAGCUGCGGACGAUGGAACCAGCGGGGCAGGGCUGGUGCUGCCGGACUGGCAGCCUCAUCCCGCCAGGCACUUCGGAAGGGAGAAACCACUUGGAUGGGAUUUUAUUUAAGGCAAUAAGAAUCCUAUUUACACUCAGCCCCACGGGGUGAUCACCGUGGGCUCGCAGCACGACAAGGGCAAAAGGACACGGCGGAGGGAUGUGGCUGCUCACAGCGCAGUGAAGGAGGAGAAAGAGCCGGCUGCAGCCUGGGCUCAAGCUGGGGCUUCGUCUCCAUGUGCCUGGGCAGAACAGAUGUAGGCGACAAACCCUCUAGGGCAGGACAGUCUAACUGGUUCAUACUGGGAGGAGGACGCUAGUCCCAGCUUGCCUGCUUGCUGCGUGCCGCCGCAGCCCAUCACUCCCCAGCUCUGCCGGGUUCCCCCCGAGCGCGACAGCCCCGGUCCCUCUUCUGCCUCACUCCCGCGGAGGCGAGACACCCAGGAAAGCCCUGCUCCUCUCCAGGCAGUCACCGCUUUAGCGGCCACCUCUGUGCGCCAAGGAGCGCCUGCAGAGUCACCGAUGCCACGUCCUCCGGGGCAGUCGCACCCAGAAUGGGCCUGUUUGCACUGGUCUUCGCACUGCUGAAUUCCGCCUGCUCCCGACGCGGCACGCCGUGCCCCUUCCCUCUCCUCAAGGAAACAACCGCGGCUGGCAAACGCCUCCAGGAACCACGCUCUGGUCUUCCUGGGAGGCGCCGUGUCUCCUCCCGUAAGCGGCUCUUGGAGCGGGCUGCUGAGCCGGGAAUCGCCCUCUGCUCCCGGGAGGGGAGAGCUGAUCACUGAGCGGCAGCGGAGACGGACCCAGCCCGGGGGGGCCGGAGGGAGCCCCAAGGCUCAUCUCGCAAGCCUCUGUUUUUGUUAGUUCCUUGGAAGCUGAGCCUUUUGUGAGCUCUUACUACUGUUCUUUGUUAAUAAACCAGGUCUGGGAACAAA